UCUCUUCUGAGUCCUUCGCUUCUCCACGAGACUUUACAAAUUCGGUUCUGCCGCAUUUUUCUGCCGAGACAAACAACUACGAGAGCCCCACAAGCACAGCUGCCGUUCGGCGCGGCGUGAGAGUCUCGACUUCGUCGCUUUUUCUCCGCGCCCGCGAUUUAAGUCUUCCUCAGCAAUUCCACAGCAAUCAGAGUUUUCUGCCUCGUCUCGAAAUUCCGCUACCGAAACUGUUGAGGGCGUUUUCCUGCCGCGCCAGUGCAGUGGAGUUCGAAAACGCGGCGCGGGAGCGACUCGAAGUUUGGCGGUCGACACGCAAGCCAAAGGACAAAGACGAAAGAAGUGUGGAAUCCGAGGAAGUCUGCUUUGCUCGAUUCCCUCUCGACACAAACUCUGUGGGGAAGGUCGCCACCACUCUCCUCGACUUCUGACAGGGGAAAACAUGGAAUUUUAGUCUGACGGGAGUUACAGCGGGGCCGCCUGAUGGCGGGAUCCAAGUCGGUGCUGUUUUUGUAUUGAUGUCGUCUCUUAUUGACGUAAAACUCCUCUCUGCGAGUACUCGAGCCCUGAAUACCCACAUGUCAACUCUUUAGCACUUCAUUCCGUAGUCAUAAAGUCAUUGUUUCUCAGUCAACAGUGACUCCCUGAGCUCGAUCUUUGACUUGCCGAAUAGGAUGCUUUGCAGAGACGUUCAAGAGUCAAGAACAGGUUGCUUUGUUCGAUGAACAUUGGCUCCUGUUCCCUCGCGUGAGAGACAAUAGCCUUGAACAAAGGUUUUUUCUCGUUUCUCUUCUGUAUGUCCUCUUGCCCUUCUUCUCGCCCCUUCCACACUCUCUGUGUUUCCCCACAUUGCUCUCUGUCUCGUUUCUCCUUCUCUCUGCAACAGCACCAUCGAAGUUUCCACGUUCUCUCGACUUGAAGUUCUUUUCUUGUCUACCUGCGCCUACAUUUCCUCAGACGUUCCACGCUCCUUUUUAAAUUCUUAAUCCAUUAAUUCAAUAUCAGACACUGGGCAGGUGUCAGCAUCCUUACUUCAUGAUUGCACUUUGCUUUUCCCCUUAGCAAUCCACGUCGUCUUUCCUCGUUUUCCUCACUUCCCCACGCCCCUCGGGAGCUGGGGGCUCUUGUGCCUGUCUCUAUUGUCUCCGCUUCUCUCUUCGUCUCCAGUUUGUCCAAGAUGGCUGCUUCCGCGUCUUGCGCCUCCUCUUCCACCUCCUACCGCCGCCUGCCUCUGUCCGAGGCAAGCAGCUUCUCUGCGCUCCAUCCCUCUCGCUUCUCUGCUCCGUUUGGACUUCCGGGCGCGAGAACGCAGCACCUCUUCCGCGCCGUCGCUGCCGGGAAGGAGAACAGCGGUGUCGUGGCCUGUGCCUUUGUAACGAGACCGGCAGCCCGGAGUUCUGAGGAGGGGGAGCUGAAGAAGAAAGGCGGAGUCCAAAAGAGAAAAGGCGAGGGGAAACGCGCCGCCGAGGCCGCCGCCACAGUCAAAGCCGCGAUGCUCAUAGCCUCUGGACAGGAACCGGGUGGACGUACACCCGAGGAGGUGGAGGCGACCGGCGUGGCGCGGAUGUGCCUCAUGGCUGCAGGAACGCGAGUUCACUUUCUCGACCUUGAGAAGGGCGAAGUUGUGGCGCACUUCAGUGCCAUUAAGGACUACGCAAGAGCUGUUGCAUGUCGUUCAGAUGGAAAACUUUUCGCGGUGUCCGAUGACAGUGGCCUCGUGCAAGUCGUCCAGACUGACACCCGAAAUCUGCUGCGGAAGUUGAAGGGACACACGGGGUCUGUGAGAAGUUGUCAAUUCUCGCCAGACAGAACUCACGUCCUCUCUGCAGGAGAUGACACGACGAUCCGGCGUUGGGACUUGAGCGUCGGCGAGUGUGUCGACACACUCCGAGGCCACACGGACUCCGUGCGGAGUGUCGACGUUCCGCGUCUCUGUUCCUCUUCCUCUGGCGAGGAUUCUUCGUUUGUGUCGCCCUCGCACCUUUGGUCUGCAAAUCUGUGUCUCACUGGGAGCUACGACGGCUCGACGCGUCUGUGGGAUAUGCGUUCUCCGACUGAGGCAAACACUGUCACUUUCACACACGAUAAGCCGGUCGAAUUCGCGCGCAUCGCCGACUGCGUGGCCGGGGCGCAGUUGUUGCUCUCUUGCUCGGGCUCUGUGGUCCGUGUGUGGGAUGUGCGGCAAACGUCGCAGCCUCUCUGCUCUCUCGCGAGUCACGUGAAAACGGUCACCGCGGCGCAGAUUAUUUCUGGCCGUGUGGCUGCUCGUUCUCCGCGCCUGGAGAAAGGCAAGAAGAAGCGAAGAAGAGAACGCUGCGAGGAGCGUGAAGACGAGAAGGAGCAGACAGAAGACGAAGAAGAAGAAGAGGAAGACGACGAAGCAGAAGAGGUGGAACGCGAGCGCGCCGAACUCCAAGAGGGCCUUGUCGUCGCAACAGCGUCUCUCGAUGCAACUGUUAAACUCACUUCCCUCACAAGCCUGAAGGUUCACCACACGUUCGCCUUUGACUCUGAGGUUCUGGCGCUCGACUUUGCUCUCGCUCGCCCUCCUCACAGUGCGUCGCGAGGGAAGAACGAGGACACGCUCUCAGCCACGUUUUUCAUGGGACUCGCGGAUGGGUCAUGGACUGUCCGUCAGCGAGGCAGAGGUGAAGGCGAUCUCCUCUCGCUUCCUUCGGAUCCCCUCCCUCUGUCAACAAAGAAUGCACGCAAAAAACGGAGAAUGCUGCUGAAAAUGAGGGCGGUUCAAGCCAACUACUUCACUCGUGGACGCACUGCACUGCCGCUCUCCGAGGACCUCGUGGUUGGAACGUUGCAAGCAAAGAGGCUGAAUCGUCUGGAUCGUCUUCUCCGGAGCUUCCAGUACCAGGCUGCCCUCGACGUCUCCCUUACGAUGUCGUCCCAGCACGUCGUGGCUCUGGUUGCCGAGCUGCUGCAGAGAGGCGGCCUCGAAGUGGCGAUGCGCGGGAGAGACAGUGCGUCGCUCAUUCCGCUUCUGCAGUUUAUCUCGAAAAACAUCACUUUCAAAAAUUCGGCUUAUACUCGGAUCGUCUCUGAGAUGGCUUUGACCCUCUUGCAGGAGUGCGAGGACUGGAUGGUGCUAAGCGGCGACGACCAGGAGGUCAUGGAACUUCUCAAACGGAUUUGUCAGAAAAUCGCUUUCGAGCUUCAUCAGAUCCAGCAGAUGGACCGCCUUCACAGCUUGUUGGAUGCCGUCUUGGCGUCGUAAGCAGAUGCGCUUAGGUCUGUUUGAAUCGACGGCAACUUUUUGCAGAAAAACUUAGUUGCUCUCUCGUGAAUGUCACUCGCAUAUUAUCUCAGUUCUUCUCUCGUCUGCGUUCAUUGAUUCCUGGUGGUUUGUUGAAUGUUCUAAACUUAUUCAACACUCGCUCAUUUUUUCAGUGUUCCCACUUGCUCUAGCAAGACUGCCGGGGUCGACUCGUGGUCGACGCUCUUGUCUUUUCCCAUCGUUCCCUUUCUUCGCUGUUCUUACCUCCGUCUCGCUGUUUCCGCUGAUGCUGUAUCAAAACUCUUGCGUCCUCGCGGCGCGCACUGCUUUUCCUCCGAUCUCAUUCGUGUGCAUUCCAAGAACUACCCCGGACUCUUCACUCUCGUGUUCUCUCGAUGUCUGACUUCUGUUUAUCUCCGGCUUUGCCUCUCUUCCGCUGUGCUUCUUGUUCUUUUCCACGCGCCAUUCUUCUCAAGAGCCUGGUCUCAAGGAUCUACUGUCGACCAGCACAUGCACAGAUUCACCGGCUCUCUUUUAAGCUCUUGUGUUCUCGUGUGUUUUUGCACCUUCUCGCCCGCAGCGGUUGUCGAGAAACAAAUAAACUACUAAGCAGCACAUUAAGACAUUACCGAAGGAUGUGGUGUUAAGGAGCGUGGAAAGUGCUACACCCCUUAAUGGUGGUGCGCAAAGAUGAAGUGUCGUACAAACACUCAGUAGUUAUUGAAAGGCGUUGACGAGCUAAAAAGCGUAAGAUCGACGGAGACGUAGACAUGUGGACGGAAGAAACUGGGUGGACGCAUUGCUGGACAAUGUGAAGAAGAAACCUUGACAUACAGGCAAAAGCAAACCCGUUUGGAAAACGACAUCCGGAUCCCCAAUAGAGACGGGCACAGAGAAGCUAACAUUUCAUCCGUACAAAGCCGGCGGGACUCGUUAGUCCCUUCACGAAUAAGUAUAAAAGAGGCUAGAUGUGAAGCCGAGCUCAUAAUAACCGGCUUUGGAGGAAAUUAUUUGUGACACCGCAUAACACGCUAGCAAAUACCACUCAGGCACGAUGGAGAGUGGAGAUAGGUUUUAGCUCAAACGCGCCUGAGUGAGGGAGUCGAGUCGGGAGAGGCACACGCAGGCAUUCAAACUUUGGGAGUGGAUUAAGUUUUAGAGCGUGGCGUUCAUUUCCAGAAACAGUGACGUGAGUACAAUACGAGAAACUCUGCAAAGCGCUUGCUGGUUUAGGAGUCCAAAAGGCCACUCGUCAAUCAGGGACUGAGUGUAACGCGUGGGCUCGUUCGUUGGUCCGUUUUGUCGAACGCAUGCACCUGCCUUAACAAGCCACGUUUUUACCACUGGUUUGCCUCACCUCAACGCGAAAUGAGUCAAACCGCCAUUGCUGCACACAGAACCUGCCCCAGACCUGAACCAGACGCUCUAAGCCAAAACUGCCGCUUCUCUCAGAUGUCAGCUUGCUCUGUUUCACCCCAGCAGACUUGUCGCCUCCUGUGGUGGUGAAUAUAGCUCCGAAAAAACAGGCAUUUGAGAGAAGGGAAGAACGAAUGACUCGAACGAGAGAACUUAGCUUCGAGGAGGUGCAGCUGCUGGCCACACGAGAAUAAAACGUCCUCUGCUCGUGAUUCCCGGACAACGCCAAGAUAGUUCAAUAAAGAUCACGGGUGCCGCUUCAAGCCGGAUCGCUUUAUCGGCUAUAGUCUCUUGUGUAUCGCGAUGUUCACAAAAGGAGAAAAACGAGUAGAGAGAGCCGAGAAGAAAAGGGUAUGUCAGCGAGACGCAAUCCCAAACACAGCAAAUAACACCUGAAAUGAUCCAAAGCGCAUACUGUUGAAGACAAUGGGCAACCUUCCUAAGUAUCUUCUUUA